CCUGUUUGCAGGGGCGUGCAUCCGAAAGUCCGUCCACUCCUCUUACGACAGACACGGCUACUCAGUUAUUAAGAGUGUCUUGCUUUAUCUCUCACAUCGAUGCACACUUACUCUUGAGGAAUUUUCACGAAGUGCUUUUAGCAGACUAACGCGACUCUGUCUUUGAAAUUACCCGGUUAAAAGCAUACGGGCAGAUAAAACUGUGUUUUAAGAGGUUUGCACGGGGUUUUGGAUAACUUCUCGGACACCUUCCUGAACGCGGUGCUGUCCAGGUGAUGUGACGGGGAAAUGCCAGACCACUCCGAAGGCAUCAGCUCGCAACUACUUUGAGGUGCGGUGCAGCCAACAGCCAUAGUGUUUUAAAGGUUCAGUGUUGCUGACAGUAAUUCACUUGUUUUCAUCAGUCAAUUCCGAAAUCUGUUGCUUAAGAACUGCUUCAGAACCAAGGACUCGCGUUUAUGAGGUUGUUCAUUGUUUUGGUGCCCGUGACCAUCCUUAGAAACCAGAGGUAUUGUUUACCGAGUUUACCAGCGCAUCGCUGGCUUAUGCAAUGCGAGACACGGAAUCAGAUGGUUUGACAUUUCUGUGGAAAUCCAGCCCAUAGUCAAUUUGUAAUUGAAUCAGAUCGGAUGAGGACAUUAUUGAAGCCGGACACCUGGAGACCUGAGCUCACGGCCUAUUGAACACAUUAGCACCUGUCACGUCGGUCCAGCCAAGGUCAUCGCUUCUUCCUAUAUUUCUCCAUCCGGCUGUUAAAGGCUCUGCGUCCUACAAUGGAAAACCUAAGUGAGCUUCAAAACCCUCUUUUGGAUAAGAAUACCAAGCAUGUGGUCAAGUCCGACUAUGGCUACGGGGGCGACUUCCACAGCAACCAGUAUCAGGAGAACAUUAUUAAUUAUUUUGUGACUGGUGGAGGAGGUGGAGGCGGAGGUGGGGUCGCGGUCACGGGAGGAAACGGCAAGGCCAAAGCACAGCUACUGGACGCCACCUCGCUUCAUCUGGCGGUGGAGGCCUUUUACAAGCCAAACUUCAUCCUUUACAAGGACGACGUGAGCGGCAAGGGUAAGGAUUACAAAAACGAGUGCUGCGAGACCACCUUCGUGGAGAAGAAAGACAAGGAAGUCGCGGUGGAGACGCCCAGUACGGAGGACCCUCAAGCUAAACUGCUGGACGAAAAUGAAGUGAAAAUCCAGACGGUGUCUUACGAGGUAGAAGAAGAGGAAUAUGUAGAAUAUGAGACAGAUUGUUCCAGCGAGAGUGAGAGCGAGGACAACUUUAUCGUCAUCCCUCCUCGCGAUCACCUGGGUCUUGCCAUCUUCUCCAUGCUCUGUUGCUUCUGGCCUCUGGGCAUUGCUGCCUUCUACUUUUCUCAGGGGACUAGCAAAGCCGUAACUAAAGGAGACUUCCCAUUGGCUAGCAUCGCCUCCAGACGAGCCCUGUUCCUGGCCGCUCUCUCUAUCACCAUUGGGACAGGGGUGUACGUUGGAGUGGUAGUGGCCCUCAUCGCAUAUCUGUCCAAACCAGGCCACAUAUAGCAGGGCCACGAGGGAACAGCAGGACUCAUGAUAAUACACUAUCCCCGUCUUUUUCUAAAUGUCUGUCUCAUUCCUCACUGUGGACUGCUUGACCGCCCAAAUUAGAGAAAGGGAUGAUGCAGAAAGAGAUGAAGAACUGGGGACUUGUCAUCACCUAAAUGUAAGCGUAGAUCUCCAUCACAUCACAGCAGCUGUCCCGUUGGAUACAACUUGUUGCUUAGGUGUACAGAUGGUAUGGUUGAAGAAUAUAAACUAGAGACAAACAAGCCAAUCCAACGAACCAAGCUCAAAGGGAAGCUAUUCCAAAGGACACCAAGAAAGGAUCAAGAGACCGAGUACCCUUGGAUUUGCUCAUCCUUUCUAACUGUGCUUUAUUCUGCACCUGAAAGAGCACUCAAGACGUUCUCUGUUCCUCUCUCGUUAUUGACUAAUUCCAUUAAAACCAGUCAGUGUGUGUGGCUCAAACAAACCAGCGUUGCUGAAUACACAAACAGCUGCGGUAUACUAUUCAUGAAGCACCAUUAAAAAGGAUAGUAUAAAGCAGGUGAUGGAUAUGUUUUCCUGACUAUCUGGAACAAAUAAUACAGCCUUGUUAUAAGCAAAGGUAGUGUUUGCACGAAAAUCGAAAUGCUUACGGCCACAGUGCUGAACUACUGGAACUAGCUAUUAAAGACAAUGCAAUCCUCUACGAACUGAAAUUCAUCUGUGAAAUUCAGCUCCAAGUAUACACAACCUAUGCUUUUCCCACUUUAGGGCUCAGUGUUUUGUGUUGUAAAUUCAUGGUCUUUUGUUUUGUUAAAAGUCCACAGCUCUGUUUUGACCGAACACAGGCUGCUAGGUUCAAGACAUGGUAAAAGAAAAGCCAGAUAGUAUCCAAGGGUGCAGAGAAUUGUGAACAGUAUUGUAACACCAAGGAAAAAGAAGCUUUGCUUUCAUAUCCAUACGGAUCCUCGCUUGAAUUUCAAAUGCUCUUGGUGUUGGUGUGAAUUUACGCCCAGAUGUCUGAACUGAAUAUGAAUGAUUUGAUAUAGGGAUGGUAGAGAGAUGUGUCCUCCUAAUUCCCAAAUGCAUUACAUGUCUUAUGAUCCGAAAGAUCCUCUGAGCUGGCACAACUUGAGAUGGAUGAUCAAAUUCAGGGAUGAAUGUUUGAACAAAAAUGCAACCUGCAAGAAAGCGGCUCAGAAUGAAUUGAUUAAUAAUGUAUUGCAUGCCUGUGGGCUUGUCGUGGGCUAAGGUGCGAUAGAAUGAACACACGGGGAAUGUAGUGGUGAAAAGGUCGGAAAAGAUCUAUUGCAGCACCAAUUGAGCUUGAAUUUGGCGUGGUCAUCCGCAUAAUAACUUCAAAACAAAAAAACAGAGAGUGCCCAGGUGGCUGAAAGGUCUAACGUACGGUGCUUGAUUUGAAUCCCAGUGAUACGAGGCUCAGGUGGUAGAAAUGAAAACAUAUUUAAAUUGAGAGUAAUCUUAUUGCUUCAGAUCCUCCCAUGACAUUUAGAGGUGACAGGGUAAUCUUGAAUAGUCUUGUUCUAUACAAAUUACAUUUGGCUGAUGAGACCUAUUAAGUACAAAGAGUCUAUGGCCGACAUCAUGGAAUUACUGGUGUGCUUUACAGAGUUAUGCUGCGUUAAAGACACCUUAGAUUUAAGAUAUUUCCCACCUCAACCUGGAAAUAAUUCUUAAAAUUAAUUGUAAAAUUUUCAGUCCUCUGCCAUUGAAAUCAUUGCCAAGUGCCAAAACCAAGUGUAGUGACAUCACAACUAAUUUGUUUUUCAUUUCUGCACUGAAAUAAUUUGCCCUAAUAUUUAAAUAUCUUAUUCUGAUGCCAUAUACUAUGCAUCACUGCAAAAUGAAGCACCUGGAAACACAAAUCACAUAAAAGAUGGCCAUACUAUAACUUUUGACUGCUCUGAAAUAAAUAUGCAGGUUUUUAUGUAAAAACGCCAUCCUACAGUCUAAUAGACCGUUUCAUUGGACGCGCACGCCUGGACUGCAGUUAACUUCUGGUCUGUGUUUGUUUAUCGGCCUGGCUUAUAACUAUUUAUAUUUUAUUUAUUUUAAUAUUAAUUUAUAUUAUUAUUUUAGUGUGUAAAAUUGUAUUAAAUAAACGAUUUGUUGAAUGGGUCCUGUAGUUUUGACGCAUUUAAAGAAACCAUAUGGGACAUCUAGCAGUUGAGCUUGGUAUCUAAAUUCUAAAUAUUGGAAAGGCAAGUUUAGCCAAGUAACGGUUCUUCUCAGUUUCUUUUGCUUGUAAUCAGAAAUAAUCUACAGGCAUUCUAUUGUUUGUGAAUGUGUACCGGAAGUUAACUAAAGCCCACGAACACGCACAUGCGCAGUAACGUUUAUUUAUGUUGUUGCUUUGAAACCGUCUAUAUUUGAUUUCAUCAAAACUGACCAUAUUGUUUAAAAUCCCUAGAUAUGUAACAGAAUGCACUACACGGUUCACAAUAACAAAACUGUCCAAGAGUUAGAAUGCAUCAGCCCAACGCCUGGAUGGCUCAAAACAAACCUCAUCUGCUUUCUUAAAGCUUGUAAUUCAUGCACUCAAAACCCGCUGGUUUUGUUGUGGUCCUUAGAAAAUGCAAUUCCACUGCAACCACUGAAGCGUUGAAAGCCAACCUGGGACACUUGCAGUCUCUCUGCACAGGUCAUGCAUUAGUCAUACCUGACAUUUACGGUUCACAAUUAGCUUCCCAUAAUGGCUUUUUCUGCAGGAGCGGAUCGCUAGAGCAUAGCUGGAAAUAACCAAAACAGAAUCACUUUUUACAAACAACACUGCUAUAUUAAAGGCACUAAAACUUGACCAAGCAAAUUUAACAUGUGUUUUUCUCUUUGCUAAAUAAAAUGAAUGUUACAAUGUACUCUUGUGGUGGAGUCCGACCACACAUGCAAAAGCUCUCUACACAGGCUGUAAUGAAAGUAGCCUUUACUUAAUGAUAACUGUAAGAGCUCAACUGACAUCUCUUAUCAGUAAUAUGGUAACAGUAGUAUUGUCAGACAGUUAGAUUAGUCAUUGACUCCCAAGUGAUUUCAUUUUUCCUCGUGUUUGCAUCAUUUGAUUCUAAAUGAACGAUGUCAGUCUACCUGCCCUUGAUUGUGUAUCAGACUGGCUCUUUCUCUCCAUUUUACGUUUCCAUAGUGACUAGUCCUUUUUCGAGAUUCAUUUUAAGCCAGGGCUUGCACUUUGCAAUGACCUACACUGUAACAAUAGUGAGUAAAUGUGCAUUUUCGUUUCGAGAGUUGCAAUCAUUUCUGUUUGCUUUGUGUUUUGUUAUUGUCACAAAAAUGAGUUGUCUUGGCGUCACUCAUCAACAGUUCAGACAAAAUGAGAGUGAAGUGUUUAUAAAAGAAUGUCAGUGUUUUUUGGUGUUGUGAUACUUUGAGUUUUCUCACUCAUGAUCAGAAUGUGCUUGUAAGACAGUGACAACAAUGUAAAUACUGCAAAUGAAAGACGAGACACAGCAGUAGAAAAUAAAACGCAUUUGAGACAAAAAAUGACCUUGAGUCUGUCAGUAUUAAUGCAAUAGCUAAGUGUUCCCUUAGAAAAAAUGCUACAUGCAGAAGUAUGUCAAAACUUACUAAACUUAUUUUCACACAAAAUGCAUUAAAGAAUGUUGAUAAGAGUAUUAUUAACCUAACAUACACUAUAUGGACAAAAAUCCUGGGACGCCCCAUGUUUCAACCCGGUCUCAUGAAUUGCGUAUAAAUAACACGCUGUUGCAUUAUCAUGAAAUACGUACACCAAAGUUUGAUUUUGCGUGCAUAUGAUACACCAAUGUUUGCGUGCACCUCGCUGGAGAGCAGCCAUUUUGAAACGUACAUGAAGAGGAAACACUGAAAUAAUUAAAAUAAUACUGUUAGGUUUAGGGUUUGGGUAGAGGUUAUAAUAUGCACGCACGCUAACAUUAGGUUUAGGGUUUGAGUUAGGAAACAGGUUAAUAAGACAAAUUGCAGGUUAAUAUGCACGUGCGCUAAAUUGGCGUAUCAUAUGCACGCAAAAAUAGGCGUAUUUAUGCACGCAAAAUCGAACUUUGGCGUACGUAUUUCACGAUAAUGCAACGCGCGUGUUAUUUAUAUGCAAUUCAUGAGACUGGGCUCCAUGUUUAUCUAUUCCAGGAAUUCCAAUCAAAACAAAUAUUAAUACUACACCAUACAAUAUCAUUAAACAACUUUGUUGAAACAGUCUCGGAACAAACAUUUUCAGUUGUGAAAUGACUGAACCCCAAGUCAUUGAUGGGUGUGGGUGAUUGGUAUGAUUUACAGGCUUUGAGGCAAACACUAAAGGUGUUGAAGUGGGUUCACAUGGCUUCAUGCAGACCAGUCAAGUUCUUCCACACUUGACUAAACUUUGCUUUGUGCAAAGGGGCAUUGUCAUGUUGGAAUAGAAAAGAGCCCUGUCCAAACUGUUGCUAUAAAAUUAGAAGCACACAAUUCUGUAGAAUAUCAUUGUGGCUAGGAAGGCGGGACGGGAGCCGUGGGGCGGGGCCGGUGGCGUGAGUGAUAAUGGAAAUCAGCUGUGUGUGCGCCGGUCCCGCAUCGCCCACGGAGGAGAUUGGGAGCAUAAAGGGAGGAAUCGGUGGGACUGCAGACGAGAGAGGACCAAAUGCUAAGUUUUGUUUAUGUGUUUAUGUUCGUGUGGCCGGCAGUCGUCCGUGAGGGGCUGCCGGACUUUUUACUGCUGGAUUUAUUGUUUAUUUAUUUUGAUUAAAGUUUAGUGUUAAAU